UUUUUGCAUUUUUCGCGUUUUUCGUGAGUUUCCCUGAGUUUUCGUGCGAUCCAGAGUGCUAAGAGUGAAGUUUGCAACUCCCGCCGUCGUCCCCGUCGAAAAAGAAUCUUGGAAAACCGUGGAAAAAGCAGAAAACCAGAGCGCGAAGAAAAAACGGAGGUACCUACGAUAAGAGAAUUUUCUUUGGAUUUCGGUGUGGGUUAUCUAUUAGCACGAACGUGCCGAGUUCCAGAAGAUGGUAAAGAAUCCGGUCGUGACGGGUAUAUCGCCGAAAGAGGGUCCUCCGGGAACGCGGGUCACGAUACGUGGCGAGUUUCUCGGGAACAAAUCGACGGAUCUUAUCGGUCUCACUAUCUGCGGAUGCGACUGUCUGUUAUCGGCGGAAUGGAAGUCGGACAAGAAAAUCAUCGCACGGACGGGUGCGGCCAAAGGAAAGGGCGACAUCAUCGUGAUCACACGGCAGGGCGGUACCGGUACCUCGACCGUACAGUUCCGGGCGUACUAUGAAACGAUUGGACCGAUGAAGGAGUCGGCCGUAUGGAUCGAGGAGUCACCGAUGCAAUCCCUGGCCUGGGGCCGUCGCUCGCUCGCCCCGACCGGCUACACACAGGAAGACCCGCUCGGUCUUUCGAACGAAGGCAAUGAAAAGAAGUUCCCCGAAGAUCUGCGUGACAUGUUCCCCGAAGGAUCGGGAGAUUUGUCGCAGGAAAGUUUCAUGCCCGGUUGGUUUCUGCUGGAAAACCAUCACGCCACCUCGUUCGAGGACCUGAAGGCGGGCUUGUCCUAUCUGAGACGGCGCGUCGAGAGCCAGAAGGAGGGACAGCUUUCGUUCUUGAAAUCGAAUGCUGGCUCGGUGAUUGAUCAGCUAGACACACUGAUGACGCUGCGCGAUCGUAUUACGCAAGACAAUCGCUUGCACGGAAAGGAACCGGUCGCCAAGCUAGAUAAAGCGAUCCGUGGUUCGAUUGAAGCGUCACAUGAACUGUUCCGGGAGGUGCUCGCUCGGAAGGAGACGGCUGAUGCAACGCGUGCCGCCCUUUCGGCCAUGUCGCGGCACAAGUUCCUGUUCUGUUUGCCGAACGCGGUCGAAAAGGCUGCGGCUAAAAAUGAGUUCGAUAUCGUCGUCAACGAUUAUGCCCGGGUGAAGAACCUUUUCGGAAAGACGGAGGUUCCGAUCUUCCGAAGGGUUCUCGAAGAGGUGGACAUUAAAAUACUGGCAAUCCGCCAGCAGCUGCUUGGGAAAAUCAAAGAGAUGCCACAAGGUGUCGAUCAGCAGAAGCGAAUGAUCAAGGCCCUGAUCAGCCUUGAAGCGCAGCAGGCCGGAACGAGUGUGGCCGGAAAGCUGAAAGUAGAGGAUCCCGCCUGGGAUGCCAUCGAGGCACGGGCAAAGCAUCUCGAGGAAACAUUCCUAAAAGCGUUCGAAGAAUACUCGGAAAAGGAAACGCACGGAGGCAGUGAGUCCAAGUCCCACCGGCACGAUCCCGCAGUCACUCCGGUGAGGGUACAGUUUUGUGAGGAAAUGACCGAAAUCGCCGCCAGCCAGUUUCCCGAUCUGUGGCGUCUCGGACAAGCCUAUUUCACUGGCGAGCUGCGUGGUGCGGCCCAACCUAGACCGGGUAACUUCAAGCGGAUCAUCCUGACCGCGAUUGAACAGUUUUGUGCGUACCUGCGCUCGGCCCUGCUCGCUACCGCUGGUGGCCAUCGUUCACUGUCCACAGUGGGCGCACCGAAAGGCUUACCAUCCUGGCCAUCGGUCAAUCCAUCGCUUAAUUUUCUCAUCACCUGGCUACCACACUGUCUACGGUAUGUGCGCGUCUCGUACGCAACGCUUAUUCGGCUCGAUCUGCCAAACGAAGCCCUCGACAUCGUACUAAAGCUGAUCAAUGAACUACGGCUCUACUGUCUCUCCACCAUCCUGCGGAAAGCGAAUGAACGCGUGAAGAAGCUACACGAGCGGGAAACGUGGGAGCUGACGGUGGUCGAGUUUGCCGGUGCCACUAGUUUACCGGCCAAGCUGCGGGAAAUCUUGGUCGAGGCAAUCGAUGAUGCUCAGGUGGCUUGCCUGACACCGGAGGUACGCGAAUCGACCCUGCUCGAGCCUCAGUCCGAUGGUCAACGCGAGCUUUCCAAGAGAUUCCAGGACAUUCUCGGUUCCUUCUGUAAGGUGCUCGAAACCCUCGCUCUACAGCGAUCGGAUGAGGAUCCACAGCAAGCGCCGAUCUUAUCGCAGUUGAUCGGAUUUCCAGCGACACUAUUGCACCAACAGCAGCAGCAACAGCAGCAACAGCAACAGCAACAACUGGGCAAUGACGGUGAUAAGCGCGAGUGGGGUGCUAACGCAUCGAUCACCUGGGAGCAGCGAUUGCUUUGCUGUCUGUCGAACUGCAUCUACUGCAAUCGUCACUUCUUCCCUCAGCUCGGUGAACUGUUCUCGCGCCACGGGUUCCCCGUACCGACACUGGCCAUCGAAAAUUCACGCUCGACCGUAAACGCUCUGUUCGCCAGUUUGCUUGAAAUGUACGUCGAGCAUAAGAGUGAUCCGCUGGUGGGGACGAUCGAACCGUCCAUGUACUUGGGCCGGUUUCAGUGGGAUCUGGUAGGACCGUCGGAGAAGCUUAGUCCCUAUGCGCACGAGUGUUUGGAUAAUCUCGUGUCGGUGUACUCGGAGAUAUUUGCCAUCUCUCCGUUUCUGUUACGACCGCUACUGGAACCGAUCGUGCAAACGGUAGCCGAAGAGCUGGCCCGGCUGAUGUCCUGCGUGCAAAAGUUUAACGUUAAUGGUUCCUUGCAGGCCCGAGUUGAUAUCAACGUCAUACGGGAUGCGGUGCGCGUUUACAGUAACGAAACGGCAAAAUCGUUCUUCGUAGAAGCAUUAGAUACAAUACCAGCCGUGCCGGACAGCGAUGUGAAAAUCGCUGAGACCGUGAAGACGAUCAAAAGCAAUGUCCGUUUGCAGAUCAUGUGCCUUCAGGUGGUGGAUCCCUGAUCGGAUGCCUUCAUAUGGAUUACGUAUCGUUCAACGAAGAAAUCCAUAACGAGCCAAUCUCAUCGUAUCGCGUAGGGCAAAGCGAAGUUGAUCAGUAGCUGGGUGCAGUUGCAGAAGGCAUGUGCAAGCGACUAGGUAGUAGCUAUUUAUAUCAUCGAUUAACUACAUUCGUAUAACAGUGCUUAUUAACAUUAAAUCUACUGAAUAAAGUAUUGUACCUAGUUAUUCUGUUCAAA